ACAUAGUCACGAGUCACUUGAAAAAGAAAAAAAGUUCUGAGUUUUGAGUUUUUGUGUUUUGAGAUCUGAAGAGAACAUGGCAUCCCAUUACCAAAGCUACAGUGCUGGUGAAACCAAGGGCCGAACUGAGGAAAAGGCAAAGCAGACUGUGGGCAAUAUCGGAGAUAAGGCCCAAGCUGCAAAGGACAAGGCCCAGGAGAUGGCCCAAGCUGCGAAGGAUAAGACCCAACAAACAGCCCAAGCUGCGAAGGACAAGACCAGCAACACUUCCCAAGCGGCAAAGGAGAAGGCCCAACAGAACAAAGAUGCUGCUCAAGGGAAGGCCUCGCAGAUGGGCCAGUCAACGAAGGAAACGGCCCAAUCAGGGAAGGACAACACCCAAGGGUUCCUGCAGCAGACAGGGGAGAAGGUGAAGGGCGCGGCCCAAGGUGCUACAGAGGCCGUGAAGCAAACUCUUGGGUUGGGCCAGAAUGACGAAUACAAUAAUCGCAGAAAUUAGUUACUAUGUUGUAACGGUUUUACGCAGCAUCACUUUUUAAAUAAGCUGCUAUUCCCUCGUUUCAUCCAUGUUCAAUUCAAUGCUAUAUAUAUAUAUAUAUAGCCUUGAAUUUAUAAUAUCAUAUUAUAUGAAAAAAAAAAAGGUUAAAAACAGAAUAUUUUAUAAUCUCAAAA